AUGUCCGAAUCUAGAAAGCAAUUGGAAGGGAAAGUAGCCAUAAUCACAGGUGGCGCUAGCGGAAUUGGGGAGGCUACGGCCCGUGUUUUCGCUGAACACGGUGCUCGUAUGAUCGUGAUCGCUGAUAUCCAAGACGAUCUCGGCCAACAAGUAGCUGCAUCAAUUGGAGCAGACAAGUGCACGUACAUGCACUGCGAUGUUUCAAAUGAAGAACAAGUCAAGGCAUUAGUUGAUUCAACUGUCCAAAAAUAUGAUGGACUGGAUAUCAUGUUUAGUAAUGCCGGGGUUUUAAGUGCCUCUGAACAGACAGUCCUAGACCUUGACUUUUCAACCUUCGAUCGUCUCUUUGCGGUGAACGUCCGUGGCAUGGCCGCAUGCGUGAAACAUGCAGCACGUGCGAUGGUUGAGGGGGGAGUUAGAGGGAGCAUAGUGUGCACGGCCAGUGUUACCGGCAGCCGUGGAAGUGUAAGGAUAACUGACUAUCACAUGUCGAAGCACGCGGUGAUUGGAUUGGUUAGGUCAGCAAGCACGCAGCUCGGAGUGCACGGGAUUCGGGUGAACAGUGUAUCACCGUUCGGAGUGGCGACGCCGGGUGUGUGCAAGUCGCUCGGUGAUAUGGAAGCUGAAGAAGUUGAGAAGCUUUCUGAGCCAUAUCCGUGCCUUAAGGGGAUUAUUGUGAAAGCAAAGCAUGUGGCAGACACUGUGUUGUUUCUUGCAUCGGAGGAUUCUGCAUUUGUGAGUGGGCAUGACCUAGUGGUGGACGGUGGGCUUUUAUCUAAAAUGCUGUAA